GCGCCAUGUCUCACGUCUGCCGGAGAUGCUGCUCCAUAGGACCCGUUCGUUCUUCUGCGGGCUACAAGAAGGCAGAGGAUGAGAUGUCCCGGGCCACGUCUGUUGGAGACCAGCUAGAGGCACCGGCCCGCAUAAUUUACCUCAACCAAUCUCAUCUCAACAAAUUCUGCGACAACCGGAUCAGUACGGCCAAGUACAGCGUGCUGACAUUUCUACCUCGAUUCCUGUAUGAGCAGAUUAGAAGAGCGGCCAAUGCCUUCUUCCUCUUCAUUGCCUUAUUACAGCAAAUCCCAGACGUAUCGCCAACAGGACGGUACACCACCCUGGUGCCAUUGGUCAUCAUUCUAACAAUUGCAGGCAUCAAAGAGAUUGUAGAAGAUUUUAAACGACAUAAGGCAGACAAUGCAGUGAACAAGAAGAAAACAAUAGUGUUAAGAAAUGGCAUGUGGCACACUAUCAUGUGGAAAGAGGUGGCAGUGGGAGACAUCGUGAAGGUCCUCAAUGGGCAGUAUCUUCCAGCAGACAUGGUCCUGUUCUCCUCCAGUGAGCCCCAGGGAAUGUGCUAUGUUGAAACUGCUAACCUGGAUGGCGAGACGAACCUUAAAAUACGACAGGGCUUGAGUCACACAGCCGACAUGCAGACCAGGGAUGUGCUCAUGAAGCUGUCGGGAAGGAUAGAGUGUGAAGGACCCAACCGCCACCUCUACGACUUCACUGGCACCCUGCAUUUGGACGGGAAGAGCUCCGUUGCCCUUGGGCCUGACCAGAUCUUAUUGAGAGGCACCCAGCUCAGGAACACACAGUGGGUCUUCGGCAUUGUUGUGUAUACUGGACAUGACAGCAAACUCAUGCAGAAUUCAACAAAAGCACCUCUCAAGAGGUCAAACGUUGAGAAGGUAACCAACGUGCAGAUUCUGGUGCUGUUUGGCAUUCUCCUGGUCAUGGCGCUGGUGAGCUCGGUGGGGGCCCUGUUCUGGAAUGGGUCCCAUGGCGGAAAGAGUUGGUACAUCAAGAAGAUGGACACAAACUCAGAUAAUUUUGGCUACAACUUGCUGACGUUUAUCAUCUUGUACAACAAUCUGAUUCCUAUCAGCCUGCUGGUGACACUUGAGGUCGUGAAAUACACGCAAGCCCUCUUCAUAAACUGGGACAUGGAUAUGUAUUAUAUUGAAAAUGACACCCCUGCCAUGGCCAGGACAUCAAACCUCAAUGAAGAGCUUGGGCAGGUGAAAUACCUGUUUUCUGACAAGACUGGAACUCUUACAUGUAAUAUCAUGAACUUUAAGAAGUGUAGCAUUGCUGGCGUGACCUAUGGCCACUUCCCGGAACUAGCCAGAGAGCAGUCCUCAGAUGACUUCUGCCGGAUGACUUCUUGUGCCAAUGACUCGUGUGACUUCAAUGAUCCCAGGCUGUUAAAGAACAUUGAGGAUCAGCACCCUACAGCCCCUUGCAUACAAGAGUUCCUGACCCUGCUGGCUGUGUGUCACACCGUCGUCCCCGAGAAGGAUGGAGAUGAAAUCAUCUACCAGGCUUCGUCCCCAGAUGAAGCUGCUUUGGUCAAAGGGGCUAAGAAGCUUGGCUUUGUGUUUACCGGGAGGACGCCGUACUCGGUCAUCAUAGAAGCGAUGGGACAAGAACAGACAUUUGGGAUCCUCAAUGUUCUAGAAUUUUCUAGUGACAGAAAAAGAAUGUCUGUCAUUGUCCGACUGCCAUCAGGACAACUUCGACUCUACUGCAAGGGAGCCGAUAAUGUAAUCUUUGAAAGACUUUCAAAAGACUCAAAGUACAUGGAGGAGACGUUAUGCCAUCUGGAAUAUUUUGCCACAGAAGGCCUGCGGACUCUGUGUGUGGCUUAUGCAGAUCUUUCUGAGAAUGAGUAUGAGGAGUGGCUGAAAGUCUAUCAAGAGGCCAGCAUCAUUCUGAAGGACAGAGCCCAGAGGCUGGAAGAGUGUUACGAGAUCAUCGAGAAGAAUUUACUGUUACUUGGAGCUACAGCCAUCGAAGAUCGUCUUCAAGCUGGGGUUCCAGAAACCAUAGCUACUCUGUUGAAGGCAGAAAUCAAAAUCUGGGUGUUGACAGGAGACAAACAAGAAACUGCAAUUAAUAUUGGGUAUUCCUGUCGGUUGGUGUCACAGAACAUGGCCCUCAUCCUAUUGAAGGAGGAUUCUUUAGAUGCAACAAGGGCGGCCAUCACUCAGCACUGCACAGAUCUUGGGAAUUUGCUGGGCAAAGAGAACGAUGUGGCCCUCAUCAUUGAUGGCCAUACCCUGAAGUAUGCACUCUCCUUUGAAGUCCGCAGAAGUUUCCUGGACCUGGCGCUCUCAUGCAAAGCAGUCAUCUGCUGCAGAGUGUCCCCUCUGCAGAAGUCUGAGAUUGUGGACGUUGUGAAGAAGCGAGUGAAAGCCAUCACCCUGGCCAUCGGGGACGGUGCCAACGACGUGGGGAUGAUCCAGACAGCCCAUGUAGGGGUCGGGAUCAGUGGAAACGAGGGCAUGCAGGCUACCAACAACUCAGAUUAUGCCAUCGCACAGUUUUCCUACCUGGAGAAGCUACUUUUGGUCCAUGGAGCCUGGAGCUACAACCGGGUGACCAAGUGCAUCCUGUACUGUUUCUAUAAGAAUGUGGUCCUCUACAUCAUUGAGCUUUGGUUCGCCUUUGUUAAUGGAUUUUCUGGGCAGAUUUUAUUUGAGCGCUGGUGCAUCGGCUUGUACAAUGUGAUCUUCACGGCAUUGCCGCCCUUCACUCUGGGGAUCUUCGAGAGGUCUUGUACUCAGGAGAGCAUGCUCAGGUUUCCACAGCUCUACAAAAUCACUCAGAAUGCAGAAGGUUUCAACACCAAGGUUUUCUGGGGUCACUGCAUCAAUGCCUUGGUCCACUCCCUCAUCCUCUUCUGGGUUCCUAUGAAAGCCCUGGAGCACGAUACUCCGAUAACCAGCGGUCAUGCCACAGACUAUUUGUUUGUUGGAAAUAUUGUUUACACGUAUGUUGUGGUUACAGUUUGUUUGAAAGCUGGUUUGGAGACAACAGCUUGGACAAAAUUCAGUCACCUGGCGGUGUGGGGCAGCAUGCUGAUCUGGUUAGUGUUCUUCGGUGUCUAUUCAACCAUCUGGCCGACCAUCCCCAUCGCUCCUGACAUGAAAGGGCAGGCAACUAUGGUUCUGAGCUCCGCAUACUUCUGGUUGGGAUUGUUCCUGGUUCCGACUGCGUGUUUGAUUGAAGACGUGGCGUGGAGAGCGGCCAAGCACACCUGCAAAAAGACACUGCUGGAGGAGGUGCAGGAGCUGGAGACCAAGUCCCGAGUGAUGGGCAAGGCAAUGCUUCGAGACAGUAAUGGAAAGAGGAUGAAUGAACGAGACCGUCUGAUCAAGAGGCUCAGCAGGAAGACACCUCCAACCCUCUUCCGAACAGGCUCCAUCCAGCAGUGUGUCAGCCACGGGUACGCCUUUUCUCAAGAAGAACAUGGAGCUGUUACACAGGAGGAAAUAGUCCGUUCUUAUGACACCACCAAAGAGAAGUCGAGGAAGAAUUAAGAGGCAACAUUUCCUGAUGGCUCCAAGGAAAGAGAUUCGGUUUGUUGCACGCGCAGUGUUAACAGUUUUGUCAGAAAAGACUGGCGCCAGCAGCCGGACACCAGAAAACACAUUUCUGUGGCCUUAGCCAACCAGUUUGUUAGCAGCUCUCUGUCCCUGUGCAGUCCCUGGGCAUAGGCGUCAGGGGAAGCCAUUCUCCCAGCUUGUCUGCAGUGCUUGGCCCAACUUCUGUUUACGUUGUUAUGAAGCAUUCAGCUGGGCUUUGUGAGGUGUGAAAUUUUAAAAACUAUGUUUCACCAAUGCUUAAACAUCAAUACCAGUGGUUCUGGGAGAGAGGAAAGGGGCAUUACAUUACAAGAGACCAGUCCUGUGUAAUUGGAACAGGGUACACUCACUUCCUGUUUGGUGCAUGCACAGAUCAUACAAGCCUCGCUUUCUGCAAAUUGCUCGCUCAACUUUGAUUCCUGUUUUGUUUGUCUGAAGUUGGCAUAAACUUCUUGAUUAUAGUGAAAUCAGAAAAACUUACGGUUGAGGGAUGAACCCGAGAACAUUUCUUUGGCUCUUUCAGCCGCAGCCUCAGCAAGGCAACCAGCCAGCGUCCCAUGCCUUGCGCACCUAAAAUAGGUGCGGGCCUUCAGUCUUACCGUUGCUUCCCUGUGCUGUUGUCCUUGAAUCUGGACAGCUGGCCCCGGGUGCCGUCCCUCACAACUGAUAGCCACCCAUCCAGGUUCUGUGUGUCUUUGUUCCUCUAUACAUUCAGAUAUGGAUGUCAGGAAUCUUUCCUCUUGCCUAGCCCCGCCCAACCCUGCCUGGCCCACCUGCUGCCCUAUAACUGAAGGGAAGUGGCUGCUCCACACCAAGCCUUACUUAGCUGUCCUUCUGAUGGGAUCCUAUGGGUGAGGGUGGCAGGCUCUGCACACCAUAUCCGUAGGCCUCUGGUGGCCUCUCAGAACUGACAUCUGCUUCCUGGAUGCUCAGAGCACAUUUUAGACUUUCUACUAUUUGGAAGUGAGUUUAUAAUGUUGUCUGCAAAAGAACUGAAAGAACAAAGCUGCCCCCCUGAGAUUCUAAAAUCAGGGUGAGCCAAGGAGAUAGUACAGACCAGAGAGUGGUGAGAAAGAGGACCCUCAGAUCUCCCUGGAAGGUGACAAAGGACAUGAGACUCAGAAGGCAGACACAGAGGACAUUUCUACUACCAGGCCUCCAUGGAAAUUCUCACACCCAACCCUUGACAGACAGGGUUGUGAUCGGCCCAUGUACACUGUAGCAGAAACCAGACCUUGUUCCACAGAUAUUUUUUGGCGAGGUGGGGUGUUGAUUGAUUUUCUUGAAACAUAGUCUUACACUGUAUGCCAAUCUAACCUCGAACACAUUUUGUAGUCUAGGCUAGCCUCAAACUCUCAGCAAUUCUUCAGCCUCCCGGAUAUGGUGACCUUUCUGUAUACAAUGAGUUUUAGACCCACAGCUCUCUCCAGACAGUGGCUUAGACUCUAAAACAAGGAAGGGAAGUGCCCACUUCCAGUUUCAUCCACUGCAGGUCCCCACUAUGAGUUGGAACAGAACCUAGGGGCUCCAAGCCUGCAUGUGAGAAUGGGGGCCCUCCGAAAACACAGGCCUAGCAGCACUCUUUCUUUCCUUUGGUUCCCAAACUCCAAAAGCCCAGAUUUUUGGAUGUCUUAAGGUGAAUACCCUGGGCACCUGUUAGUGGCUAACGUGGUACCCCUUAGCACCAGGAUGCUGUGCGAGCUUAGACAAUAAGGCAGCAUAGAGGCGGCCGAGCAGCACAAGGUGCUACAUUCAGGAAAGGAAAGGCUGCUAUGCUUUGCUUCCUGACCCCUUACUUUUGCAACAUCAGGAUGAAUGAGUACUGAAAAACCUUGGAUAUGAUUUGCAUUGAGUAAGAAAACUGAUUCUCACUUGGGAAGUGACCAGGCUGCCGAGAUGGCUUGAAAGGGGGCAGGGUGGUACAAUUAACAAGAAUCUUGGAAGUGACCUCUCUCUGCUCCCUGAGGCAAGAAAAUCUAGUGUGCCCCACAAGCUGGAAUCCUGACAGAUUAUACCACACAAGAGAAACAGCAGGAAGUGUGCUUCAAAUCAGUGAGGCAGCCAUGGUGGACAUCUGAAUUGCAUCCCAGAGAGGCUGGGGCAAAACUGUGGCGAGGAAAAGAAAGCCAACUCCAACUGAAUGCCCUAGGCUCUUCAACAGCUUCUCUCUCUCUCCCUCUCUCUCUCUCUCUCU